CGAGUAAAUCGAGACUUUGAUGCCUCAACAUUAGCCUCUAAAACGACAAGUGUUUGUGAUAAUGGCGAGUGCGGCGAAUGUGGCUGUUGGGCCGGCAAAGUAUUUCGCCGUUGAUGUGGAAUGCGUGGCGACGGGAACAGACCACAACUCGCGUUCAGUCGCUCAGGUGGCGGUAGUCGACGAGCAUAUGAAUGUGCUGCUGAAUGUGUACGUGAAGCAGGAGGUACCUGUUGCGUCGUACAUGACACCACUGACGGGCCUUACAGAGGAAGUCCUACGGACGCGAGGCGUAUCGCUGCAGGAGGCAUUAGCUGCCGUACGCACCGCACUGCCACGUCAUGCCGUACUGAUCGGCCAGAACAUUCGGCAGGACGUGCAGUGGCUAGGCCUCAAGGAGGGCACGGACUUUGAGGGCAUGAUGGACUUGCAGGGUCUGUUUCGCGUGUGGAAUGACAAGUUCCGCAGCUGGUCGGUGUUCGCUCAGUCGCACCUGGCCCGAGUGCUGCUGGACUGGCGGGACGCGGAAGGGCCCAGCGAGCAUGACGCAGUGGAGGACGCGCGCAAAUCCAUGGCGCUGUUCAACCAUCACCGCCACGUGCUGCAGACCGACCCACGGGCCAUGCAGGCGGCGCAGCAGGCGCUGCUGGCGGCGCCCGUGGAGCCCUCCUUUGCGCGGCGCAACGCUGUGUUUGAGGGCGUGUGCAUGGGCAACCGCAAGACCUGUGUAUGCGGGGCGCCCUUCUUCGGGUGACGAGAGGGUGUACGGCACUAACGUUGGGUGCAGAAGACACGGGGAGUUCGGGUCGGGUCGAAUCGGAGUGCAGGAAACGCCACCGCACCGGAAGCGGGCUCUGCAUGGAACUCUGGACAUGCAUGGGUUAAAAGUGGUAAGGACGGGUGACCAGGGAGGACUGUGUGGAAGGAGGGCUUCGAAAAGCACCGCAUCGGGGAGUGUGUUUUAGCAGCUGUCACGGCGGUGCAUUGCCUAAGCGCGCCUGCGGGCGUGUGCAUGCGUGCGGGGGCGUGAGUUGUGCCGGCUUACGGAGUAACAACACAGUACUAGGAAGAUGCGUGCCGUGUUAGCUGCAGGCUGGGUAUGGGUCUGUCGGUGGCAGACAGGCAAGGGCAUGGAAGGUCCUAGUAGUGUGGGCACCUCCAACCGGCUGUCCGCAAUUGGAAUUUGAGCAGACUAUCGGUACCCAAAGCUUCGCCAACGGCUCGGCGCAUUGUUGUUUAUGGAUGUACGGACUUUGGUAUGUAGACAUAGGUGCUGCUUUCCCUUCUUUGUUAUUCACUGCUCAUUGGCUAGGUAGGCUGGUGGUGGCUGUGCAUGUAGCGCGUGCCUAAGCCCUCGCGCUCGCGCUACAUGGCUCUAUUUCACGCAUGGCGUGUUAUUGCAGGCUGUCCGUAUCGCUAGCUGUUGUCAUUGUCACCAGGUUGGUUCCCACAUGCGCAGAGAACCCUUCUGCACUCGGUUGGCAUUGGCAACUGCUGGGUUAAAUUUUGGCAAUGGCGUAGGAACACUUCUUUGGAGGGUGUAUUUACCAACUACGCUCUGCGGGUAGCUUCUAGGUCAAAAAAAAACAGAGGAUUACAAAGCAUUGACUUGUGAAUUAGUACGUAUGUGCCGUAAAAGAGGACUUGCGUGUAGUUCUUUGCAUUGCAGCUGAGCCAAGCGCAGUGAUAGGGGGGGUACAAAUAUCGUAAAUCACAGC